UCAACAAAGGCCGCCUUGCUUGCAACCAGUCAAUCAAAGGCGGAGCGAGGCAAACAGCGAAUGGGAGGCCUUGUUUGGGCGGGGCUUUCCGCACUCGGCCAAUGAGUGUGUGAAGGAGGCGGGGUUUCUUGGGUGUGCUUCAUCAGAGCCUUCCUCUCUUUCUGUCCGCAGAUUGCAUCGCGUCAAUCAAAGCCUCAAAGCGAGGCCUCCUUCUUUGCAUCGUGUCAAUCAAAGCCUCAAAGCGGUAGACAGCCAAUGGGUGGCCGCUAAUGGGCGGGGCUUCUCGGACUCAGCCAAUGGGAGGGCGAAGAAGGAGUGCUUCUUGUCUUUCCCUCCGCCAUUGUUUUUCUGAGGCGGGAAGGCGGCGGUUGAAGUCGAGAGAGAGGCAUCCUCAGAGGUUGUGAGGAAUAUAUCUCCAUGUUCCAGAAGCAUUCUCUCCUGACGUUUCGCCCACAUCUAUGGCAGGCAUCCUCAGAGGUUGUGAGGAAUAUAUCUCCAUGUUCCAGAAGUAUUCUCUCCUGACGUUUCGCCCACAUCUAUGGCAGGCAUCCUCAGAGGUUGUGAGGAAUAUAUGUUCAUGUUCCAGAAGUAUUCUCUCCUGACGUUUCGCCCACAUCUAUGGCAGGCAUCCUCAGAGGUUGUGAGGAAUAGAUCUCCAUGUUCCAGAAGCAUUCUCUCCUGAUGUUUCGCCCACAUCUGUGGCAGGCAUCCUCAGAGGUUGUGAGGAAUAUAUGUUCAUGUUCCAGUAGUAUUCUCUCCUGACGUUUCGCCCACAUCUAUGGCAGGCAUCCUCAGAGGUUGUGAGGAAUAUAUCUCCAUGUUCCAGAAGCAUUCUCUCCUGACGUUUUGCCCACAUCUAUGGCAAGGCAUCCUCAGAGGUUGUGAGGAAUAUAUCUCCAUGUUCCAGAAGCAUUCUCUCCUGACGUUUUGCCCACAUCUAUGGCAAGGCAUCCUCAGAGGUUGUGAAGAAUAUAUCUCCAUGUUCCAGAAGUAUUCUCUCCUGACGUUUUGCCCACAUCUAUGGCAGGCAUCCUCAGAGGUUGUGAGGAAUAUAUCUCCAUGUUCCAGAAGCAUUCUCUCCUGACGUUUUGCCCACAUCUAUGGCAGGCCUCCUCAGAAGUUGUGAGGCAUGGAUAAACUAGGCAAGGAAGUAAGAUGACAGUUCUAUCUAACCACCUCUGGCAUGAUGAGAAUCAAACCAGCUUCUAGUGGAGAAAUUGAGGAAUUUGGAAACCAAAGUGCAGUAAGGAAACGGGUCUAAAAGCAAAAUCAGAAAGGGAAAACGAAGAGUCAAGUGUCAAUAUUGCAAUUCUAUGUAUAUAACGCUGUCAGCAUGGAGGAGAAAGCAUAUAAAUGUAUUCUGAAGACAUACCAAAGAAUUCACACUGGGGAGAAACCCUAUACAUGCCUGGAGUGUGGGCAGAGCUUUACUGAGAGGGGAUGUUUAUGUUUACAUCAAAGAAGUCACAUUGGGGUAAAACCCUAUAAAUGCUUGGAGUGUGGACAGAGCUUCACUCAGAUUGCAAAUCUACGUUCACAUCAAAGGACUCACACUGGGGAGAAACCUUACAAAUGCCUGGAGUGUGGCGAGACCUUCACUCAGAGUGGAGUUUUGCGUUCACAUCAAAGAACUCACACUGGAGAGAAACCCUAUAAGUGCCUGGAGUGUGGACAAAGCUUUACUGUGCUUGGGCGACUACGUUCACAUCAAAGGACUCAUACUGGGGAGAAACCUUUUACAUGCCUGGAGUGUGGACAGAGCUUCACUCAGCGUGCAAAUCUACGUUUACAUCGAAGGACUCACACUGGGGAGAAACCCUACACAUGCCUGGAGUGUGGACAGAGCUUCACUGUGAGUGGACUACUACGUUCACAUCAAAGGACCCACACUGGGGAAAAACCCUAUACAUGCCUGGAGUGUGGACAGAGCUUCUCUCAGAGUGGAAAUCUACGUUCACAUCAAAGGACUCACACUGGGGAAAAACCCUAUACGUGCCUGGAGUGUGGACAGAGCUUCACUCAGAGUGCAAAUCUACGUUCACAUCAAAGGACUCACACUGGGGAGAAGCCUUAUAAAUGCCUGGAGUGUGGGAAGAGCUUCACUCAGAGUGCAAAUCUAUGUUCACAUCAAAGGACCCACACUGGGGAGAAGCCCUAUACAUGCCUGGAGUGUGGGAAGAGCUUUACUGUGAUGGGAUAUCUACGUUCUCAUCAAAGGACUCACACUGGGGAGAAACCCUACACAUGCCCAGAGUGUGGGCAGAGCUUUACUCAGAAGGGACAUCUACGUUCACAUCAGAGGACUCACACUGGGGAGAAAUCUUAUAAAUGCUUGGAGUGUGGACAGAGCUUCACACAUAGUUCAGGUCUACGUUCACAUCAAAGAACUCACACUGGGGAGAAACCCUAUUCAUGCCUGGAGUGUGGACAGAGCUUCACUCAUAGUUCUGAUCUAAAUAAACAUCAGAGGACUCACACUGGGGAGAAACCGUAUAUAUGCCUGGAGUGUGGACAGAGCUUCACUCAGAGUGGAAGUCUGCAUUCACAUCAAAGAACUCACACUGGGGAGAAACCCUAUAAAUGCCUGGAGUGUGGACAGAGCUUCACUCGGAGUGGAAGUCUACGUUCACAUCAGAGGAUUCACACUGGAGAGGAAGCCUAUAUAUGCAUGGAAGGAAAUAGUUAAGUUUAUCUUUACAAUGACACCAGAGUUUUGUUUCUUAAUAAUGCUGGAUGAUCAUCUAGAAAAAGUGUAAGGUUACUAAAAUAUGUAAUAACACGAUGUAACAAAAUUUGGGGGGGAAAAAUCUGUUCCUGGUAUGAAUGUAUUAUUUCCUGUUUAAUUAUUAGUUGUUAUUUACAGUAUUUAUAUUCCACCAAAGACUGGGCGCAGUUAUUUCCAAUAGGGUAUAAAUAAAAUGUAUUUAUUAUUA